GAAAAUUCUCUUUUUGCCGAACAUGGUAUGACAACUCAUCGUUUGUCUUGAUCUUCCAACAUAUUAAUGUGUUUAGAAAUUUUAUAAAUUAAAAUUCAACGUAAUAAUUCCCCCAACAAAUAAGAUUUUGGAAUGGCAAGCCCUCGUACAAAGCGGGUUCUUCAAGAACUUAGAACCAAAGAUGAAAACAAUAAUUGCUUUGAAUGUGGUUCUCAUAAUCCCCAGUGGGUUAGUGUAACAUAUGGGAUCUGGAUAUGUUUAGAUUGUUCUGGUAAGCACCGAGGAUUAGGUGUGCAUUUAAGCUUUGUUAGAUCUGUCUCAAUGGACAAAUGGAAAGAUAUUGAAUUAGAAAAAAUGAAGGUUGGUGGAAAUAGAAAAGCAAAGCAAUUUUUGGAAAGUCAACCUGAUUAUAACCAUAAAAUGCCUUUGAAGGACAAAUAUAAUACCCGUGCAGCUGCUUUGUAUAGAGAUAAGAUCAGUACGGAAGCUCAAGGAAAACCAUGGUCUAUUGAAACUUCAUCUGCAAAGAACUAUUCUGCUAACAGUAUGACCAAAAGUUCUUCAAGCAGCAGUUUGAAAUCCUAUAAUUAUUCUAAUGAUUAUUCUUCAUCUCGAUAUCAAGGUGAAGAGUGGGAUAAUUUUAGCUCUGGAUAUCAGAGUCUUCCAGAUAAAAAUGUGUCUUACCAAAGAGAUGAUUUCUUCAACAGAAAGCAGGAAGAAAAUAUGCAGAGACCAGAUGACAUUCCUCCAAACCAAGGUGGAAGGUACACUGGUUUUGGUUACACAAUGGCAGCACCACCAAGAAGUCAUUCUCAAGAAUUUGUGGAUGGGGCAUGGUCUUCUUUAUCAAGUGGUUGGUCAUCUUUUACUUCUGGAGCUACUAAAUUUGCUUUUAAAGCUUCUGAAAGUGCUGUUAAAUUAAGCUCUAUUGCUACACAGAAAGUAGUAGAACUGUCAGAAACUGUAAAUGAAAAGGUAAAAGAAGGAAGCUUAGUUGAAGACUUACAAUCCCAGGUUACAAAUAUUAGUACUAAGGUUGCAGAUGUUGGGAAGAAAAGUUGGAAUGACUUAUCAUCAAUUUUUAACCAAAAAGUAAAUUUAGAACAAGCUGAAGGAGCACCAAAUGAAAAGUCAUCAUUAUUAGGUCUAGGCAGCCCUAAGGAUUUGAGUCUGCCAACUCAAGGAGCUGCAACUUCCACUGAAUGGCAAAGUGAAGACUGGAAUUGGUCGAUGAAGGAAACAUCGCCUACUUCCCCUAAAAGUGAUAAAACAAGAGAUUCCAGUUCCCCAAAGAAUUCUAAAAAUCGUGGAAGCACUCCCACAUCACCUCAAAAUAGAAAAUCAAGAGAAGGAGAAAAAUUACUGAUAGAUUUUGGAAACAGUGGAGAAUAUAGAAAAACAGAAUAUGAAAGUAAAAAUGCUGACUGGGACAAUAGCUGGGAAGAUAAUUCAUGGGACCCAUUAGAAGGAAAAACAUCAAGUAAAGGUUAUCAGAGGAUAGGAUCAAAAAAAGAUUAAAUUUAGUAAAUAACUGUUUAUGCCCUACAUGAACAAGUGUUAUUUAAGUAUUUUUAAGUAAGGCUAUUGGAUCAGUUUUCUGUUUUUAAUGAAAACGUUUAUUAUUUUUAUUUUUUCAUAUUACAAAAAUAGUUUUUAAUGAACCACAUUGUUAAAAUGUUUAAGCAUGAUCAUAUCAUAGCUCUUCAUUUUAAUUAUUGAGAAAUUUGGUUCAUUUCUGUAGUUGUAUGUUUUAUGCCUUUUUUCUGUAGCUUCUCUUUUAUCAACAUAUCAUAAGCAUUUAUAAGUUUCUUUUGAGCUUAUAUUUUUAUAUUACCGUUAUUACAUUGGAAGUAAUUAUUAUUACAGAUGACAAAAUUAAUUCAGUUUGUACAUAUAUUAUAAAAAUAACCUGAAAAUAAAUCUGCUGCUUUUAUUUUCUCUUUACAUUUGGCUGUUCCCGACUUUCUUUUAAAGCAAAAUUUUAAAUGUACUUCUAAUUUAAAAAAUGUGUAAUAUAAGGUUUCUGUUCAUAUGUUUUAUUGUAAGAAUAGUAUUGUAAGUUGUUGCUAGCAUUAAAUUGUUUUUUGAAUUUUUAUAGUGGUUUAUUCUUGUUGUGUAAAAUUAUAUGAAAAGUUUUAUGAAGAAAAGGAAUUUAUUCUAAAAGUGCCUGAUUUAAAGAUAAUUGUUAGUACUAGUAAUGUUGUUAAAAUCAGCUUUUUUAUGUGAAUGUCCAUUUUGUUUAAUUAAAAAUAUGUUUAGAAAAUUUUAAAAUAUGCUAAAAAAUUGAGAUAAUUUUUAAUUGCUUGUUUUACAUACUACUAUAUAUUCCUUUUCCAUUUGUUACUUGUAUCCAUAUUGAUUUUUAAUAUACAAUUUUGUUUAUUCAAUAUUAUUUUUUUAAUAUAUAUAAUUAGAAAGAUGCGUACACAUCUUUAAAAGGCAAGUUUCAUUAAACUUGGAUGAAAUAAAUUUUGUGUAUUUUUAUGUGGUAUAGUAAGUUUAAUAUGUGUUAUAUGUAUAAAUGGAUGUGAAAAUAUUUUCAAAAUAUAAAAAUGUGUAUAUUUCUUGUUCUUCAAAGUGAACCAAGUUUUUAAAAAAUGCUUAUCCCCCCCCCAUUUAAUUAUAUGCACCAAUUUAUUUGCCUGUAUGUAUGUAUAUUAUGAAUUUUUGAAACCUGAAUAGAAACUAAGUUGGUGUCAUUAAUCUUACAUUCUAAUUCUGAGUAUUGGUUUUAUAUCUGUAUACACACAUUAACAUAACCUAGAUUUCCUAUGAAGCCAUUUUAUAUGAAUUUAAUUUUUUUAACAAAUUUUGUUCCAUUUUUCCCUUUCUAAAAGUUUGCCUUAAAAUAUUUUUAUAACUAUCAAAAAAAUAAUUUCCUUAUUUCAGUACCCAUUGCAUUGAAGUAUAGGUGUAAAGAAAUAUUUAUUAAUCUGUAAAUAAUUUGAGCAGUAUUUUUAGAUGUAUUUAAUGUUGCAACGUUUCAGGCUUUUUCAUCCGUAAAUUAUUCACUCUGAAACUGUAUUAUUAAAUUUCAUUGUAUUAUUUAUUCAAAUCCUGUAUUAUUUAUGCAAGUUCUGGGUUUAUUAAUGAAACUAUUUUGUAUUAAGCAUCCUACUUUUUGCUUCUGCUGUCUCGGAUUUUACCGUAGUCAACCAUUGUACUUCCAAAGUAAAUUUUUUUUUUUUUUUUUUUUUUUUUUUUUAAUGCUGCCAAUCUGUUUUUGUUUAAAUCUGAUUUGUAUAGGGGAGCUUGUUAUCCAAUUAUAAAUUUGUUUGCUAUUUUGACUAUCAUUAAAUAUGUUUAAUUCAAAAGACAUAUAAUUUCUGUUAUGUAUUACACAAAAUUAAGGAUAACAUGAUAAAUUUUAUAUUUUUAUUAUGUAAGUAAGCAUUAGCUCAUUUUAAAUAAAGUGAUAGAUGCUCUAUA